AUGCCCCGAUGGCUACACCUGUGUCUACUUCUGCUCACCCUCACAAUCGCUCUCGUUUCCCUAGCGAUCUUGCUGAUCGUCUUUGAACGCGUUAAGAACCUCAAUGGAAGUGACUCCAGCUCUCCUGUCAUCAUCUCCGCGGAUGAAGAUUGGUUAAAGUGGACACAUGAAAUUAAUAUAUCCUUUGAAAGCGAGGCUGAAGCCAAGUACAGACACUCUGUAUGGAGAAAGAACUACGAUAUGAUCCAAGCACAUAAUGCACGAAAAGACAGUUUGUAUGUCAUGGGGACGAAUCAAUUUACCCAUCUGGAGCAUUGGGAAUUUGUGGAAAUGUACCUUAGGAGCAAAAAAAUUGAAAUCGACAACUACGGUGUGAACAACUACUUUGAGGGCAAUAAGACGGUGAGAGUGAAUGAGAGCAUAACCGAGGGUGACUGUUAUCUGGGAAACUUUGACUGGAGGGAGCACUUUCCUGAUCGUAAAGUCCGUGACCAGAUGUCCUGUGGGUCAUGUUGGGCCUUUGCUUCGGUAUCAGCAGUCGAAUGGCACCGUGCUAUUCACUACGGAAGGAGCAUCCCUCUCUCCGUACAGCAGUUGGUCGACUGUGUUCAAUCCAACUUCGGCUGCAACGGUGGAAUCAUCGAAAACGCUCUUGCUUACAUCCAAAAUCACGGCAUCAUGCUGGAUAGCGAUUACCCCUACCGAUCCAGAGUGACGCAGUGCACUGAGAACCCGGAAAAAAUUGCACUGAAGAUCAAGGGCUACGAAACUCUAUAUGGGGUGAGCGAGGCCGUCUUGGCCUGCAUCGUUCAACGCGUCGGACCAGUGGUGAUUGGCUUCGAUGCCAGUGGUUUGGGGCUGCAGCAUUACAAGUCUGGAAUCUAUGAUGGUACGGACUGUAACGGCGAGAUGUUAAAUCAUGGACUGGUCCUACUAGGUUUUGGAACUGACAACAGGGGAAAUAGGUAUUGGAUUUGUCAGAAUUCCUUCUCUCAACGCUGGGGCGAUAACGGCUUCUUCCGUUUCAAAUUUGGCAGCAACCUCUGUGGCGUGGCUGCUACUCCCAUUAUUCCUAUGGUUUAG